AUGACCGCCCAGACCACCUUACCAACCAUACUCACCCCCAUACCCCCGUCAAGCAUCGAAUACCGAGACUUCAAGGCUUCCGAUAUGGAUUGGUUCGUGACCGAGUCAGAGAAAGCCUACACUGAGACGCUCCGUCUCAGCGAUGAAGACAGGGCCGAAUUUCGGAAAGAAUUGCUCAAGAUUGCAAAGGGGUAUGUGGAUGAACCUCUUCCGGACAGCUCAACCAUUUCAGAGACCUAUCCCAAUGAGACAAGGAUGCAAGUGACAAUCGACGAGCCUCUUCCGGACGAUUCAACCUCCGCAGCCACAUAUCCCAGUGAGACAAGGAUGCCGGUGGCAACUGUGGACGGAAAGCCGGUGGGAACAGUCUUACUACAAUUCUACGUCCCGAAGUCACCCAAGGAAGGCGGACCACCCCUCUGGGUGUCCCACCUCUCCCACCUCAUAACUAGGGAGGCCUACCGCAAAAGGGGUGUCGCAAGGGCGAUGAUGCGUCACGUGGAGCUUGAACUGGCGCCUGGUGGGAUACAGCCAUUUAUCACGCUCGACGCCCUCUCAUGUGCUCCGUUCACUGUCGACUUCUACAAAAGUUGUGGCUUCACCUCGCGAAGGGAUCCGGAGUCCGGCGUCGUUGUGAGCAAGUGCGGGCUUGGCGAAAAUGAGACUGUGUUUCUGCACAAGAUGCCGCCUUUCAAGGCUGCUUGA